CUGCUGCACGUGAAAGAAGCACAUGGAUAGGACUUUUUCUUUCAAACUUUAAAUCCACAUAUUUUUUUUAUUUUUUAUAUAUUAGUAUUGUUUUUUCUCCCAGGUUGUGUUCGCUUGUAUCGUUUCUGGUGAGCUGUCCGGUUCUUCUCAAACGCCUCCUCCUCCUCCUCGCAGCAGCUGGACAGAAAUGAGUAGUCCCGAUGCGGGUUACGCCAGCGACGAUCAGACCCAGGCAAGGUGUGCGAUGUCAGUCAUGAUGCCUGGAAUGGGACACUGCCAGUGGGCCGACCCUCUCAGUCCUCUCGGGGACGCCAAGGUGAAGAACGAGCCGUGCGCCUCCGGCUCCGGCAGCCAGAGCCGCGGGAAGAGCGAGCCGCGGAUCCGGCGGCCCAUGAACGCGUUCAUGGUGUGGGCCAAGGAUGAGCGCAAGAGGCUGGCGCAGCAAAACCCGGACCUGCACAACGCAGAGCUGAGCAAAAUGCUGGGGAAAUCAUGGAAAGCCCUUCCUGUCCCAGAGAAGCAGCCCUUCGUGGAGGAAGCUGAGCGCCUGCGGGUCCAACACAUGCAGGACCACCCAAACUAUAAGUACCGGCCCCGGCGGCGGAAGCAGGUGAAGAGGAUUAAGAGGCUGGACUCCGGCUUUCUGGUCCACAGCGUGCCCGAUCACCAGAGCCAGGCGAUGCCCGGGGAAGGCCGAGUGUGCAUGGAGAGCCUGGGCCUCGGCUACCACGAGCACGGUGGCUUCCAGGUUCCUCCGCAGCCYCUGGGUCACUACAGAGACCCCCAGGCUCUUGGGGGUCCCUCUUAUGAAGCCUACAGCCUCCCCACGCCCGACACGUCUCCUCUGGACGCUGUCGAUUCAGACUUCUUUUCACCGCACCCUCAAGAGGACUGCCCCAUGAUGCCUGCGUACACGUACCACUCUCAGGUGGCAGAUUUUCAGCCUCAGGAGCCCCUCGCCAACCACCACAGUAACCCCCUCAUGCACCGACACCCGGCCUCUGCACCAGAGCAGCCCCAUCAGCCUCCCUCCUACAUGGGAUGCCCCAACACUUUGGCCGUGUACUACACCCAGCACUGCGGCUCCAGCCACCCCAAGCGGCACCCCGGUGGGAUGGGACAGCUCUCCCCGCCUCCCGACCCCCACUCCCACUCAGCAGACAGCAUGGAGCAGAUGCACCACUCCGAGCUGCUGGCCGAGGUGGACCGCAGCGAGUUCGAGCAGUACCUGAGCUCGUCCUCGGCGCGUCCAGAGAUGGCAGGUCUGGCGUACGGGCCGCACGAGGCCGGCAUGCAAGGACCUGAGAGCCUCAUAUCGUCCGUGCUGUCAGACGCCAGCACAGCCGUGUACUACUGCAACUACAGCAACUCCUAACCCCCCGCUGCGAAGGACACUCGCCCUACACUCAAAUCUCUAAAGACAAAUUUGAAGAAACAUGAUUCGUUUUUUUCCACUCCUGGCACAGAAAGCUUCUGGGACUUUCAAAAUGCAGCUUCGAAGAAAACUUUGUACUGUACCUGUGCAGUUAAGAAGCCAUAUUUAAAAAUAAAAUUUAAAACUGUUUUUAACCUUUCUUCUUUUGCAGGGACAUGAGUUCAUUUUGUGAUAAGAAAUAUUGUACAGUCACUAUUUUAAAGUUUAUGUAUAUACUGAAUAUUUUUUUUAUACUUUUGCACUUCUGAGAAAUAAAUGUUUGCAAAACGA